AUGUCUCAUGUGGAUGAAGCAGCCCACCAGCUGUCCAAAAGUGGGAUCACCCUCUAUGCAAUGCUGGAGCAUAAGAAGGGUGCCUCACCUGAAGACAUCAAAAAGGCCUACAGCCAUCCAGCCUCCCUUUGCUUCCCAGCCAAUCCCCGCCCUCUCUCCCGGCAUCCCUUUUCGUAUUGCCUGGAUAGGAGACUGGCUUUAAAGUAUCAUCCAGACAAGAAUCCAGGGGACGUUCAAUAAGCAGAAAUAUUCAAAGAGAUCAACACAGCUCACUCCAUACUGAGUGACUCUAAGAAGCAGAAAAUCUAUGACCGUCAUGGCUCACUGGGAGUAUAUAUACAUGAUCACUUUGGUGAAGAAGGCGUCAGAUACUAUUUUAUGAUGAAUAGUUGCUGGUUCAAGGCACUGGUGCUCCUGUGUACGCCGCUCACCUGCUGCUGCUGCUGCUUCUGUUGCUGCCUGUGCUGUGGGGUCCUCAGGCCACCCCUCGAGGAGGCUGCAGGCAGGGUGUGCCUGCAGCACACCAGGCGACAGCCUUCAAGGGCAGGUGAGACCCCUACACAGCCGCUGAGGCAAGACAUGCUCACUUGA